UUGGAAUUUGCCAAACUGUAUUGGUGCUGUGGAUGUUGAUAUUGGUGCAUAUGGAGGAGAAAGUGAUGGGGGAAUCCUUGCAAGAAAUGAGGCAUUUCAAUUGAAAAGUAAUUUUAUGAGGCCUUAUCCUGGACGUCAGCUAGAUAAAAAGAAAAGAAUAUUCAAUUAUCGACUGUCGAGAGCAAGACGAUGUAUAGAAAAUGCCUUUGGAAUACUGGUUGCACGCUGGAGAAUAUUUGAAAGGCCUAUUUCCUGUCACCCUCAUCAUACAGAUGUUAUUGUAAAAGCUGCAGUAUGCCUGCAUAAUUUUCUUAUGUCGCAAACCCAAAAAUAUGUUAGAAAUUUGUAUUGCCCAGAUGAUUUUGUCACUGAUGAAAAUACGAUACCAUUGGACAUGGAAGAAUAGAAGUUAAUGCAGACAAUUAUAAUCAAAGCUUUAUUUUAAUUAUUUUUAUAAUUAUAAUCGAAUUUCGUUGAAAUCGACGAAGUUUAAUGUUACUAGUGACAAUAUCAAUUCUUCGUUAAGACGAAUAUAUAUUAACAUUUAUUUGCAGACAGUACGUAUUCAAAACAUGCGUGAACUCUAAAAUUGUGAAUGAAUGAAUCGUUGGCACAUUGUGUAAGCUCUCGACAAGGUUACAGAUAUUAUUCGUAAGAUAUUCGUUCUUGAAGAACACAAUAUGAUACAACUCGACGUUUUUGAUUGGUCCUUCGUCCUUUCUGGUGAUCUUUCAAUCGACUACUCACUAUUCGCCUUAAUUUUGCGUUUUUGGCACAAGUUACCCUUCAGUGAAGAAGAUUCCAUAACAUUUUACUUUCGCGUAACAUAUGUACAGCCGUG